CAAGGCUCUCCACGUCCGCUGUCACUCUCCUUGGUCUCUGCUUUCUUAAUGGUGGAAGCAGCUCUCGAACUCUGCUUUUCCUUCUCCCCGCUGGGCUCCAUUGGGAAUCGCCUCGUUUCCUUUUUCCCCUUCGCUGAGAGAGAGAUGAGGGAGGAGUGAUCUCCGCUUUGUAAUCGGAGAGCUCUUCGAUCGCCAUUGUCGUCUCGAAGAAGGCCUUUCUUAGAGAGGAUUGGCCUGCAUUACCAUCGCUUCUCGAACUAAUUCGGAAGAGGAAUUCAUUUAGAGCAAGAUGAUGCAUGCUAAGUCCGAUUCCGAUGUAACCAGCUUAGCCCCCUCAUCCCCACCUCGGUCGCCGAAGAGGCCGGUGUAUUACGUGCAGAGCCCAUCCCGGGACUCCCACGAUGGCGACAAGUCAUCGUCGAUGCAGGCCACCCCUGUUUACAACAGCCCUAUGGAGUCCCCCACUCAUCCUUCCUUUGGGCGCCACUCGAGGACCUCCUCAGCUAGCCGGUUCUCGGGGACUUUCUGGUCGUCGUCAGGUCGGAAGGGAAAUCGGAAGCGGGUGAAUGAUAAGGGGUGGCCCGAGUGCAAUGUGAUUCAAGAAGAGGGUUCAUAUGAUGAUCUUGAUGAGGACAAGGGGCUCUCACGCCGCUGCCAAAUCAUGCUUGCACUUCUGAGUUUUGUUCUGCUGUUCACUGUCUUCUGUCUGAUCAUAUGGGGUGCAGCCCGGCCAUACAAAGCAGAGGCGGUCGUGAAGAGCCUGUCAAUGGAUGACUUUUAUGCUGGAGAGGGUUCAGACAGUACCGGUGUCCCUACCAAGAUGGUCACAGUGAACUGUUCAGUGAAGAUAAAUGUGUACAAUCCUGCUACAAUGUUCGGCAUUCAUGUCACUUCAGGCCCUAUCAAUCUCAUCUAUUCUGAGAUUACAAUUGCUACUGGCCAGUUGAAGAAGUACUACCAGCCUAGAAAAAGCCAUCGGACUGUCUCUGUGAUCUUGCAUGGAGACAAGGUUCCUCUAUAUGGGGCUGGGGCAGGCUUGGCUCUAUCAGGCAAAGGAGCUGCAGUCCCAUUAACUCUGGAGUUUGAGAUCAUAUCUCGGGGCUAUGUGGUGGGUAAGCUGGUGAAAGUAAAGCACCGAAAGCAUGUGUCAUGCCCUCUUGUUGUAGCUUCUCACAACACCAAACCGAUCAAAUUCAAGAAGAACUCAUGUACCUAUGUUUGAGUUGUAGCCUCGGUGGUAAGAAUAAUAGCAAGGAGCUGUUAAUUAGCUGUCCAUUAAAAUGAGAGGGAGAGAGGAAGGUGCAUUUCAUUCAUAUAUUUGGUAUUCCAGCGAUUAUAUUUGUUAAUCGAAGAGAUAAUGAUAUCUAUUUGAAGUUUGCUUCUUCUUUUUUUUGUUUCAAUGCUCCAUUCCAUGGCGGUAUCUGAUCAAUACAAUCACUCUGCCUUCU